UCAUGCUGCUGCCAGGUCCAGAGUCUCUCAUGGGUCCCUGUACGGCCUCCCAUUGCUGCUGUCUCCAUCGCCACACUCUGCCAUGUGCCACUUUCAGGUCUCCUCACACUCUUGCUGGUUUCCAUUUUGUCAUAGGUUGCUGGCAGAUUACAGGCCUCCCAUAGGUGCUGCCAGGCCCCAAAUCUACCAUGGGCCCCCGUACCGCCUCGUCACGCUGCUGCUGGGUCCACAGUGUGACAUGGGUCCCUGUACCGCCUCCCAUUGCUCCCGCUCUGCCAUGUGCCACUUUGAGGUCUCCUCACACUCCUGCUGGUUU